AUGGACAACGCCGAGAACCGAGGCCGUCAAUCAAGGCUACAGCCGCCUCAAGUACAUGCAGCAUCCGCGAUCACUGGACCGACAACGGCAUGUCUCCAGGCGAUUAGCGACUCCCAGAACAAUGCGCGGGCUCAACCCACUGGUAUUCCCCAGAAGCGUCCUCAUAAAGGGAGCGUAUCCCAACCAGAACAGAAGCGCAAGACCCUAGCGGAGAAGGCGGGCGAGCCACUCAAGCCCGCCAACCCUCCCAUGAAUGGCAACCUCGUCCGAGCGAGUAGUGUCAAAGGAUCGUCAAUGACCAGCCUAGCCGCCAGUCGACCUCCCACCUCAUCCCGACAUGCGCCGCCCGGCAGCUUUGGUCGGAGCAUCGGCCCAACUACUCGUCCGACGUCGACAGGCAGAGCUCCGACGUCAAUGGGUUUUGUAUCUCCCAACACUCGUCCACGCGGGCUAACCCGCACCCGGCCUGCAACGUCUAUGGCGCACCGGGAGAUGGAAGAGGAAGGUCAGGUCCGGUCAGGCAAGGGUACAGAAUUUCCCCCUGUUUUCCCAUCCCGCAUCCCACAGUCGCACAAGGUGCGAAAUGCCGCCCGCCAGUAUUCAGUAAUCUCUCAGUCCCAGUCGGGCAUCCACAGUAUCCUUGAGCCGAGCAAGUGUUUAGAAGACGUCUUUCUCGACAACCAGCCUCCUGAAAACGUCCAAGAAGGCCGAGUGUCGGAUGUCCCGAAGGACAGCAGUCUUCCCAUUAAGUAUUGCCGCGAUGAAGCGGCCAGAGGAACCCCAUCCCAGCCCGCCGAUGCGCAGAGACCACCCCCAACGACACCAACAACACCGCCAACUGUUACGAAGUUUUAUGCAGCGUAUGAGUCGGCAAAGGCGAAGACGAAGUCGUGGAGCACUCUCAAGGCAUCUGCUUUUCGAAAUUAUUAUCUUUGCAAGGACUCGACCGUAACAUCUUUCACAGUUUCGGAUGUCGACAAUCGGAUAAACCAACUCGACAGCGAAGUCAAAGCCAUGAAAGAGACGUUCGAUCUUACUCUAGCCGACAAGCAAAACAUGGAGGCGGCCAUCUCGGCGGAAAAAAGGAAAGUAUAUGAUCUUGAGAUGGAGCGUCAGCACCUUAUGGACCACAAUUCCCAGCUUAAGGGGCAACUAGACCUCCAACGGCAAGAAAACAGCUCACUGCAGCAAGAGAAGCAAUCUUUAGUGUUCGACCUUGAGGCAGAGCAAAGGAGGCAGAAAUAUGCCAUUGAAGACCGGCAGCGAGAACACAAACACGAGGUUGACGAAAUUCGACACCAGUUCAAAGGAGAACUAGACCGACUGGUACGAGAGCAUGGGGAGGCCUUGGAGACAUUGGAACGACAGUACCACUCUAAGCUCGCCGAUGAGCACGCACAGAACUCCAAGGAGCUUCAGGAACUGCGCUCCAAGCUCGGGGCGGAGCAACAGGACCUGAACCUAGAGCUACUCAAGAAGGAGCGCGAGAUCCAGGAAAUGCGGUCACAAACCGAGGUACUCAAGUCAGAUCUGGACCGCGAGCACACCCUUAAGACAGCUCUCCAGCAGCAGAUUGCCGAAAUGACGACGACAAGUAUGACCCUGGAAGAGCGACUGCGCGGGCUGCGGGCGAAGAUUGAUUUUCUCGAAUCGGACAACAAGCAGCAAGCGGACUCCUUUGCCAGUAUGGAAGCCCGUCUUCAAGAAGCUCUACAGAUCGCCGAAGAAGCGCGGCAGAAGCUGAUCAAGGAGGAGACGGAGCGCCGGGUACUUUUCAACAAGUACCAAGAGCUAAAGGGCAACAUCCGGGUCAUGUGCCGAGUUCGGCCGGUGCUUGACUCAACGGAAGGAGAGGAGGCUCGGAUCGCGUUCCCCGACGUCAAGACGUCGUCGCAAAUUGAUGUGACAGGCCCAGAGGAGAAGAGUAGCCUCGGCGCCAUCAGCCGCAAGGUGCUCCCCUUUGAGUUUGACCGAGUGUUCGACCCGUCGGUGCACAACGAGGAGGUAUUUGGCGAGAUCUCGCAACUUGUACAGAGCGCGCUCGAUGGAUACAACGUGUGCAUCUUUUGCUACGGCCAAACGGGAUCCGGCAAAACGUACACUAUGUCCUCGGCGGAUGGUAUGAUCCCGAGAGCCACGCACAUGAUCUACGACACUAUCACCAAGCUGCAGGAGAAGUCUUGGACGUACACGAUGGAGGGUAGCUUUGUUGAGGUGUACAACGAGGAGCUACACGAUUUGCUUACGCCGGGCCGCGAGUCGGACAAGGACAGCCGGAAACGGCCCGAAAUCCGGCACGAUGACGUGCGCAAGCAGACCACCGUUGUCAAUUGCAAGACGGUCGCACUCGACUCGCCUGAAAGGGUGGAGGCAAUGCUGAAGCAGGCGCAAAACAACCGGAGUGUGGCGGCGACUAAAGCCAACGAGCGCUCCUCGCGAUCCCACUCGGUAUUCAUCCUUAAGCUAGUCGGCUACAACAGCGCGACGGGCGAGCGUUGUGAGGGCACACUCAACCUGGUCGACCUGGCCGGCUCGGAGCGGCUCAAGCACUCGCAGGCAGAGGGCGAGCGGAUGCGUGAGACACAAAACAUCAACAAGAGCCUCGCGUGCUUAGGGGAUGUCAUUGAGGCUCUAGGCCGCGGGUCCGGCCACGUGCCGUACCGCAACUCCCGCCUCACGCACCUGCUACAGUACUCGCUAGGCGGCAACUCCAAGACCCUCAUGUUUGUCAUGGUCAGUCCGCUAGAGGCGCAUCUAAAGGAGACAAUUACCAGCUUGCGGUUUGCGACGAAGGUACACAAUACUCACAUUGGGACGGCUAAAUCGACCAAGAAGCUUGGGAGUUCCACGCCCGACUCUGGCCGUUGA